ACUAAAUAGUGAGCUAGAAUACUACAGGCGGCGUGGGAGAGCGACUAUCGAGUAUGUUAGUAUGCAGUGAGAAUACCUUCGACGUAGGAUUUUAUUAAAGCUGUUUUUUUAUAUUGACAUUUCCGGAAAUAUUAAGGACAUUUCCUUCCGUUACUGGAGAUAAAUGAGAGAGUUUUAUAACAUGUGGUAGUCGUGGUCAGUUUGUGGCUUGUUGUUUACCUGGGGAUGUAGAGGCUCCUCAUAUGGCAUACAGACAGUUGUAUCCAGAAACAAACACACUACGUAGUUAUCAGUUUAUUAAAAGUUCAGGUUAUCUCUAAGAACAUGGUUCGAGCUGCUGCUGUAUAGGAUAGAAAGCAAAUCUGUGCGACUGUGAGUAUUUUCCCCGUGGUGGAGUGAAUAGCAUGCAGCUGUUGGUGUCAUAGCUGAUAAAACAGAAAAUAAAAUCAGACAAAAUGAGGAUUUUAAGGGCUUUAAUGAGCAACGCAUCAAUCGGGAAGCUUGUUGAUCACUACUCCAGGUUUUCCCCUUCACCUCUCUCUAUGAAACAGUUCAUAGACUUUGGUUCAGAAAAUGCGUGUGAGAAGACCUCGUUCAUGUUCCUGAGAGAGGAGCUGCCAGUUAGGUUGGCUAAUAUUAUGAAGGAGAUCAACCUGCUGCCUGAUAACCUACUGAGGACGCCUUCAGUGCGCCUGGUGCAGAGCUGGUACAUUCAGAGUCUCCUAGAUAUAUUGGAGUUUAAGGAGAAAAAUGCAAACAAUGGAAAAGUCGUUUCUGAUUUCACAGAUGCAGUGAUCAAGAUCCUUAGCAGGCAUAAUGAUGUCGUCCCCACAAUGGCCCAGGGAGUGGUAGAGUAUAAGGAGGCGUAUGGUACGGACCCUGCAACCAGCCAGAACAUGCAGUAUUUUCUGGACCGCUUUUACAUGAGUAGAAUUUCCAUAAGAAUGCUCCUCAACCAGCAUACACUGCUGUUUGGAGGGAAGAUGCAGGUGAACCCAGCUCAUCCUAAACAAAUAGGCAGUAUUGAUCCUUACUGUCGUGUCACUGAUGUAGUUAAAGAUGCAUAUGAAAAUGCUCGUGACUUAUGUGAACGCUACUACAUGAACUCCCCAGAAGUAAAACUAGAAGAAUUCAAUGGUAAAGAACCCAACAAGCCCAUAACUGUGGUUUAUGUGCCGUCUCAUUUGUAUCACAUGGUCUUUGAAUUAUUCAAGAAUGCCAUGCGAGCCACCAUGGAGCUGUACGGCGAUGCUAUGGAGUACCCUGCAGUUCAUGUUAAGAUCGUCCUGGGUAGUGAAGAUCUCACUGUGAAGGUGAGUGAUCUUGGAGGUGGGGUACCACUCAGGAAAAUUGACAGGUUAUUCACAUACACGUACUCCACUGCCCCAAGGCCUCGAACUGACACAUCCCGCGCUGCACCACUGGCUGGUUUUGGCUACGGUUUGCCCAUCUCCAGACUGUAUGCCAGGUACUUCCAGGGGGAACUGCAGCUCUACUCAAUGGAGGGCCAUGGAACGGAUGCUGUUAUAUACAUCAGAGCACUUUCUACAGAGUCUAUUGAAAGGCUCCCAGUAUAUAACAAAUCAGCAUGGAAAAAUUACAAGACCAUCCAUGAGGCAGAUGACUGGUGUGUGCCAAGCAAAGAGCCCAAAGACAUGAGUACCUUCCGCAGCAUGUAGAGGCUCUGCACGAAUGGUGGCGCACAAGACGCAUGCUGAGUUUAUAGUUAGAAUAGACAUUAGGAUUAUUUCUAUAAUGUAUGAACAAGAAUCACUACUAAAUUAGUGUUUCACUGUUUAAAUUAGUGUACUGGUAAGUUAGUUUGAGUGAGUUAUUGAUUAUCAAGUGUCAUAAAUCUCAGUGUGAGAUCCUAUAUUAGUUCAGUGUUUAAAUGCAUUUUGAUUAGGUAUUGGAUGUUACAGUAUUUGCCAAUGUGUAUGAUUUGACUUGCAGCCUUUUUUUUUUUUAUUUAAUUCUUGACAAACUUGUAACAAGCAGCUCCUAAGUUUUACAAAAUUAACAACACUUAAGUACAUGAGUAGUUGUAGCCUUCGCUGACUGGUGGUCAGGAUUAGAUGGCAGUAGCUAAUCACUCUACAAUGUACGUAACUUUACGGAAUGCUAAAAACACUAAAACACACCAAAAAAAAAGUGAAAAAUUUAUUGGUGCAGCUUGUACACUCGUACCAGAGAAAUAACUAUUAGGCUUUCCUCAUGGUCUGACAAAGUCCAGUAUUGAAAUAAAGUCCAUUUAUACAGGAA